CGCGGGGCAGGUUUUGCGGGUGCGUGUAUGCUCGUACAACGGCCGCGCCGGCUACGGGCUGCGAUUGCGAUGCCAUGGUGAGGACAAUCGCAAUACAGUGCGGAGUUGGGACCCCGCUAGAAGGGAGAGGAGCGGAUGGGGGAUCUGCGUAUGUAUAAGCUGCCCGUCCGACCCGUGCCAGGUCGGUUGAAGUGGUGCAAGUCCGUAACCACGUCCCCUUCAUCCUCCCCACACAUCAUAUCGCUCCAGACGUACCGUCGCCGGACCAUCUCCCCAAACCCCAGGUUCAGAUACGCUCGCCAAUUGCAGGAAAUAGAAACAGAACGGAACGCACACAGGCACGAUGACUAUCCAGGAGUGGACCGCAAAGAUCAAGAAUAAGGACCUGUUCAUCUCGUCCGCCUUCAUCGAUGGGGGAUGGGUAUCCGCGCAGGGCGGGGCAACGUUCGAUGUUUAUGAACCAUCGACUGAGGAGGUCCUUGGAAAGGUCGCCAAUCUUAACCGCGACGACAUCAAGCGGGCAAUCGUGAGUGCGGACGCGGCGCAACGGGAGUUCUACAAGACCUCCACGGCUGCGGGGCGGAGUCUCCUCCUCCGGAAAUGGAACGAUGCGAUUCUUGCCAAUGCCGAUGACUUGGCCACAAUAUUAUGUCUCGAAAACGGCAAGACCUUCCUUGAAGCCAAAGGCGAGAUCACAUACGCCGCCAGCUUCGUCUCCUGGUUCUCGGAGGAGGCCACACGCGCUUACGGCGAGACCAUUCCCUCAUCCUACGCCAACACCACCGUCCUCACGCUCAAGCAGCCCGUCGGCACGUGCGCCAUCAUCACACCAUGGAACUUCCCAGCCGCCAUGAUCACGCGCAAAGUUGCGCCUGCUCUAGCAGUCGGCUGUUCGGUCGUCAUCAAGCCUCCGUCCGAGACCCCGUUCACCUGUCUUGCGCUCACGAAGCUGGCCGUCGACGUGGGCAUCCCCGCCGGGGUCAUCCAGGUGGUCCCUACGAAGGACCGGGAAGCGGCGACGGAGCUCGCGACGAACCCGUUGAUCCGGAAGCUUAGCUUCACGGGGUCCACCGGCGUCGGAAAGAUGCUCACGAAACUGGCCGCGGGCACGAUGAAGAAAGUUAGCAUGGAGCUCGGUGGCAACGCGCCGUUCAUCGUCUUUGAAGAUGCCGAUUUGGAUCUUGCCGCUGAAGCGGCCAUGUUCUGCAAAUUCCGGUGUUCCGGUCAAACUUGCGUCUGUGCGAACCGUCUCUUGGUGCACAAAUCCAUCGCACCGGCGUUCACCGCCAAACUGGUCAAGCUAGUCAACGCGCUCAAGCUCGGCAGCGGCAUGAACCCUUCCACAACCAUCGGGCCACUCGUGAACCGGUCGGGCGUGACCAAAGUCGCCAAGCACAUCCGAGACGCCGUCGCCAAAGGCGCCAAGAUCGAAGCCGGCGGCAAGGAACCUUCGGGCCCCGGCUUCUUCCACGAGCCCACGGUGCUCUCCGGCGUUACCGCCGAUGCGCUCGUCGCCAUUGACGAGACGUUCGGCCCGCUCGCGCCCAUCUUCGAGUUCGAGUCCGAAGACGAGGCGGUGACCAUGGCUAAUGCGACAGAGUUUGGGUUGGCUGGGUACUUCUUUUCCCGCGAUAUCGGCCGCGUGCUGAGAGUCGCUGCGGCUCUGGAGUGCGGCAUGGUCGGCAUCAAUACCGGGAAGAUCUCGGCGGCCGAGGCCCCGUUCGGUGGCAUCAAGGAGAGUGGCGUCGGCCGCGAAGGAAGUCUGUACGGUAUGGCUGAGUACCAGAUUAUCAAGAGCGUCACUAUCGGGAAUACGCAUCUUUAGGCAUGUGUAUGUUUUGUCUUUUUGGUUUUUUUUGUAUAAUUAUGAGAUCUACGAAUGAACGCUG